AUGGUCCGAGUUUGGUUCGUCACUGUCCUCGAGUCAGGCGAUAUUGUCGUCGCAACUGCUCGCAACCCAUCCCGACUCGGCGAUCUCGUCACCAAGUAUGGACCCGAUAAGAUCUUCGCAAUUAGCCUUGAUGUGACAGACUUCGACCAAGCCAAUAAAGCCGUUAAGGAAGCUGUUGAUAAGUUUGGCCGCAUUGACGUGGCUGUUGAUAACGCUGGCCAUGCAAACCUGGCAUCUAUUGAAGAUAUAGACAUGGAAGGUUUCCGCGCGCAAGUCGACGUUAACCUUUUCGGUGUUGUUAAUGUUACAAAGGCCGUUGUGCCUAUUAUGCUGUCUUUAAUAGGAGGCCGAAUCGAAGUCGCACCAUUCGGCAUCAAGGUUACAGUCGCCGAGCCCACUGGCAUCAACACUAACAUGGGGGCUACUGCUACUGACAACUCCAAGGUCAGUGAACCUUAUGAGCAGACUGUCGGCCAGAUAAUCCAGCUUAUAAGUAAGGAAUAUUCAGGCUGGACGGAAGUUUCUGAGAUAGCAAGGGCCAUAAUUCACCUUUCGAAUGUGGAGGAUCCUCUGCUGAGAAUUAUGGUGGCUAAGACUCUUGCUGACUCUGAUGAGAAGUGGGCCAAGGUCUCGAAGCUGGAGUUCUGA